AUGGUUUAUAGGGAAGUUGCUAGAAAAUUGAACAUAGAUGAGAUAAGUUAUUAUAAUGGUCCCGUUCACUACUUGCCCCACCAUGAAGUCCACAAGCCAGACUCUGUUUCUACCCCUUUGAGAAUUGUGUUCAACUCUUCUUCCUCUUACCUUGGUCACAUACUUAAUGAUUACUUUGCAAAGGGCCCUGAUGUGCUAAACAACAUGACUGCUAUACUGAUACGUUUUAGGCAACAUGCUGUGGCCAUCGUAGCAGAUAUUAAGAAAAUGUACAACUCUGUACGAAUUUCAGAACUUGAUCAACAUACUCAUAGGUUUUUGUGGCGGGACUUAGAAACUGACAGAGAGCCAGAUAACUAUGUGCUUACUACUGUGACCUUUGUGUAG